GCGGAGCGGGUGCUCGUCGUUCACCUCUCCAUCGCAGACCAAUGCUGCUCUCCAUCACUGCCAUCAUCGCCGCCGCCCAGGAGAUUUCGAUACACAAAGGUUGUGGACUGCGCAGGAGAUUUCGAUACACAAAGGUCGCGGCGCCAUUGUUGCCAUGUGCGCAGCCAAUCUCCGCGUGUGGGAGGGGGGGGGGCGCUUUCACAAGACGACCGCGUACGUCAUUCUUCACGCAAAAGACGGACAUGCAUGUCAACAACGGGCCAACUUAUUAGUUGAGACGUGCUCUCGCCUCCAACGCCCCCAUCCACCACUCACCUUAUAUGUCUCGAAUCGCCCGGAGCUGAUAGUCCUGCUUCUUCAGCCUGAUCAGCACGUUGCGAGCCAUUUUCCCCAGAGCAAGUACGAGCACAGGUACUUUCUACUAAUUUCCUAUGCACCGUUUCCUAUUCCCAUGCUCCCUGCACACCACACACCUUCUCCCAUUCUAACCGCCCAUCGCUGUGAAGCGCACGCGUCAGAGUCGGAUAGUGGGCACCGGUUGUUAGACCAUGGUGCUCCAGGAUACGUCCACCGAUGGAGUCUCUGAGAUCUCGGAACGAGGCAUCGAAUACAAGAAGGACAAGGCGAUAGCGUAUGCGCGACAGGCCGAGAAGCUGGGAAUCCUGAGAAUUGAUCAAGAAGAUGAGAAUAGCGCUUCCACACAGGCUGUCGAGGCGAAGUGGGUUACACCUUUCGAUCCGGUCGUGGAGACAGCGGAAGGCCAACGACUGCCGGGAAUAUCUGUCGAAGAGGCGAAGAAACUCAACAGACUGAGAGACGAGGCUCGAGGGCUGACGGCGCGUUCGCCUCCGGAAAGUGCAUUGCGUGAAGGCAAAGACGGGACGACACAUGGCAUACAACAUGCCGAUGGAGACAGUGGAAAGCAAAACGAGGCAAGUGAUGCGCCUCUGCGAGAGUCUGUUCCAAAUUCGACCACAAAUCCGCUCUUUCCGCCCCUGCCACUGUAUGGACCACCUACUGUAAGGAGGACGAUCCAAUGCAUGUUCUUUCGGGCCACUUCCGCAGUGUUAUCGCUUUGCUUCUUGCUGGCGAUUGUGUGUGGCGCAAUUGUAGAUGCAGUCCCAAAAAUUCUGGAAGGGACGACCAAGAAAGCGAUGCUGCAGGAUCCCAAGAAGCAGAGACCUUUUUACGCAGAGGAACGGCAGAGGCAGCAGGAACGAACAGAGGCCGAGCAGGCGUGGUUGAAAUCCAAGCGAUGCUCUCAAACUCCAUCUGGUGAGAAGGGCAUUCCACAGGAUGGUGAGUUUGUGCCGACCGAAGGCGGACCAGAUCCACUUACUACUGACGUGGCCUACUACGCACGUCGUGUCGGUCUCGAUGCCGAAAUACACGAAGUCCAGACGGAGGACGGCUUUCUGAUUGAGCUUAUUCACAUCAUAAACCCCAGAGACUACACGGCUUCUCCGUCGCAGAGCCACGGGCCUCAAGGGCCAGAGGUCUUUCACACGGAUCGUGACGAUACUGGUUUCUUCAAAGCCGGCAGCGAUUCCAAUGGUACCAAGAAAUACCCAGUCUUGAUGAUGCAUGGACUACUACAGUCCGCUGGUGCCUUCUGCUGCAACGACGAUGAUUCACUUGCUUUCUACUUGGCCAAAUCAGGGUACGAUGUUUGGCUUGGCAACAACCGCUGCGGGUUCAAUCCGAAACAUACUUCGCUCUCCUAUGGCGACCCCAGAAUGUGGUGCUGGAACAUAAGACAAAUGGGCAUUAUGGACUUGCCCGCUCUCAUCAGUCGCGUGUUGGCCGAGACGGGAUUUCCUAAACUCGCGCUAAUCGCGCACAGCCAAGGAACCACUCAAACGCUCGUCGCGCUUGCAAAGGAGCAGCGACCUGAUAUUGGCGAGAAGAUCUCAGUAUUCUGCGCUCUUGCCCCUGCUGCAUACGCUGGUCCCUUGAUCGGCAAGUUCUACUUCAAGAUUAUGCGAGCAGUGAACCCGGCAUUCUUUCGGAUGAUCUUCGGCAUCCAUUCGUUCAUCCCAAUCAUGAUGGAGGCUCACAAAUAUUUGCCGGCGAAGCCAUAUUCGUGGAUGGGGUACCACGUCUUCAGUUACCUCUUCAGCUGGUCUGACGCAAGGUGGGACAGAGGCCUACGCGAUCGUAUGUUUCAGUUUGCUCCUUCGUAUGUGAGCUCUGAAAGCAUGCGGUGGUGGCUCGGCAGAGAAUGUUUUGCGAAGCAGAAGUGCAUAUUGGCGACUCGCGAGGAAGCGAGGCUUGAAGACCAGGAAGAUGAAGAAGACGAUGAGAUCAUUCGAAAGUACUACGUUGACCGCGAGCCUCACGUUACGGAGCGAAGAAAAUUGCAGCGCAAUAUCUCAAGUUACCAUUGCCAGAAGCUCACUCAUCAGCACCAUGACGCUACGAGAGGCAAAUUCGCAUGGUAUAAUUCCCAAUUCCCGCCCUUGGCCCUCUGGGUUGCUGGCGCUGACGAUCUCGUUGAUGGGCGGCGUUUGCUCCGCCGUUUUGACAGAGGAAGAGAACCUCAUGUUAGAGUGGUGCACAAGAAGAUCAUCGAGGGGUACGAGCAUUUGGAUGUCAUUUGGGCUAUGGAUGCCAUCGAAAAGGUCGGCAAGGAAGUACGUGAAGUCGUCUGGCGCACAGCAGAUGCCCAGGCCCAUAAGAUUUGCCGUGUGCCCGUUGGCUGCACGAACCCGGUCGAACAAGACCCGGAUCCGGAAGAUGUCCCGAUGAUCAACUCAGGUGGCCGCAAGCGAAUGAAUAGUAUGAACGAGAUUAAUGGAUCUCGAGAGAAAGUUCCACAAUCGAAUGGUUCGACGGUUCAGAUAGACCAGACCAGAGGCUGGCAGAAGAGUCAGCGCAAUUAUGAGGAGACCAUAGGCGAAGUCGAUGAGCUCGCCGAGGACGACAGCAAGAAGUUGAAUAGGACUUUCUCAGAAGGAGAGUUCAAGGACAUAGAAGAGAAGCCGAACCCACUGGGAUAGAGCAUUACAUGAAGAGCAUGGAAGGCAGCAUAUUUGGUAGCACAUGAACAUAGCGUUGCGAGAUACCCCCAAGUGUUCGUAUAUAGAGAUGGAAC